AUGAUGGCGGUGUCUUGGGCACAAUCCAAGGUCGACCGCUUCGAGGAGAAGAUCACGGGAUCUAACCUCGGGCCCGGAGACUAUGACCCCUGCCUGCCGAGGUCUCAGGGGAUGGCCGGUGCCGUCAGCCUCGGCUUCACGUCCACGAAGGGCAUGACGCUGGAUCGCGAGCAAAACAACCCGGUAACGACGGAGGAAGUUCUCAGCCUGCCGGCGCCGACUUCCAAGCAGCCCACGACUACGUGCGGCUUCGGGCGCCCUCGCCCGGCCCUGAACGUCGGUGCGUCGAGGCUAGAGAAGGUCAAAGCGGAGCAGCAGGAGAAGCAGCUGGUGCGGUUGGAGAUGGAAAGAGAGAAGCUCCAAGACGAGGUCAAGACACUUCGGUCUCUGCAGGGAGCGCUGGCGAAGAGCGAGAGGCAUGCGCGAGCCGAGUCGGCAAAGGUGGUCAAGCGCGCCCAGGCCGCCGAGCGCAAGGCCGCAACGGUCAUCGCCGACGCCGGCCGUCUCGAGGAAGCCGAGGCGACGGCGUCCCGGCUGGCCGCGGAGGUAACCGCGGCCGCUCUCGAGGCGGAGCGGACGGAAGCCGACCGCGACGACCUCCAGCAGCGGAAGGAGGAGCUCGCCUCUCACGCGAAGGACCUGGAGGACAGGAUCGAUGAGCUCGUCAAGGCGAAGGCGGAGAUCGAGUUCCAGGCGAGCGAGGCGCAGAAGCGCGAGGAGGCGCUGCUGCGGGACAAGGACGGCCUGCGUGCCGCAAACGACGCCAGCGAGGCCCGGCUCCGGGAAGCGAAAGCCGCCUCCGAGGCGAGCUUCGCCGCGGCGGAGGAGGCCGCCCGGAGGGCCGAGUCGGCGGGCGUCGAGCUCGCCGCCGCCAGGGAAAGGGCGGGCGAGCUGACGGCGCUGUCGGCCCGGCUGGAGGCCGAGCUCGUCGGCCGCGGGGAAGAGCUGCGCGAGAGCGAGGACGGCAACGCCGCGCUCCGCCGGGAGGCGGCCGCGCUGCGCGGGGAGGGCGAGGCUCUCGCGGCCCGCGCGCAGGGGCUGGAGGCCGAGCUCGCCGGCGCGAGGCGUGGGCUCGAGGGCGCCGCCCAGGAGGCCGAGGCGAAGGCGGCGGAGCUGUCCGAGGCCGAGGCGAAGCCAGGCGGCGGGGCCGUCCGCCAGAAGCUUGAGUCUACGAAGGAGAUUCUCGCCGAGGCCGAGGGCGCGGGCGCCUCUCUGGAGGAGCGACUCGAGGCCAGCGAGCGGGUCGCCCAGCGCCUUGCCCGGGAGCUGGGGGGGGCGGAGAAGGGCCUCGAGUCGGCCCGGGAGAGCGUGGCGUGCCUGAAGGGGGCCGUCACCCAGGGCGCCGCGGACGCCGAGAGCCUCCGGCAGCGGCUCGGGGACGCCCUCGCGGAGGGGGUCGAGUACGCGGACCAGCACACCCGGGCGGAGGAGCGGCUCCGCAGCAGCGAGGCCGACUGCGCGGCGCUCUGGGAGGAGCGCGAGGAGGCCAAGGCGAGGCUGUGCGCGGCGUUCGUGGAAGGGAGGGCGCUCGAGGAGAAGCUGGACGAGAGCGUCGCGGGGUCGGAGCGGCUGCGGGAGGAGCUGGGAAGGGCGGAGGCCCGGCUGGCGGCGGCGGCGAGGGAGGCGGAGGAGGCGGGGGACGAGCUGAGCGCCAGCCGCCGGGAGGCCGCCGCCAUGAAGGAAGAGCUCGAGAAGAUGACCAACAUGUUCGCGACGGCCUCCUCCGAAGCCCGGGUCCUCAAGGCGUCCGGCGCCGACGUUAACGCGGAGGUGUCGCGCCUCCGGGCCGAGCUCGAGGGCAAGGAGUCCCGCCUCGCCGAGUGCGCCGCGCGGGAGAAGGGCCUAAGCGAAUACCUAGCCUCGAGCGAAGGCCUGCGGGGCGAGGCCAAGGCCGAGCUAGCCGCGGCGCAGAAGGCGCUCAACACGGGGGCGGAGGACUUCGUGGCGCUGGAGCGGAGGCUCUGCGAGGCCGAGAUGACGUGCGAGAGGCUGAGGUCUGGUGUGGAGGCGACGGAGUUGGAGAUGUCCGAGCAACUCGCGGCGAGCGAGGUGGUGGCGGCGGCGCUGGGGGAGUCGCUGGCGGAGGCGGCGGAGGGGCGCGGGGCGGCGGCCGCGCGGGCCGACCGGCUGCAGUCGGAGGCGGACGGGGUGGCCAGGGAGUGCGCCGCGCUGCGGGAGGAGGGGCGGGCUGCCGCGGCGAGGUGUGAGGAGGCGGAGGCGGUGAGGGAGGGGUUGGAGAGGACGGUGGGCGAACUGGGGUCCGAGGUGGAAGGGCUGCGGGCAGCGGUGGUCGAGAAGGAGGCGUGCCUUGAGAAGGCCUCUGUUGCCGCCGAUAGGCACCGCGCCGAGGCCACCCGACGUGAGGCAGAGUUCGUCGGGCUGCGCAGGGUGCUGGAGGAUGUCGAGGCCGGCCACUCGGCCAAGAACGGGGAGGGGUCGAAGCUUGGGCGGGGGUCGGCGGGCACCCACGGCAUCGGGGCGGCGCUGGGAGAGAAGCUCAUCUCGGUGGUCGAGGAGAAGAGAGACGUCCAGGGGAAGCUGGAAGCGGCGGAGGGGGCGCUUUCGUCGUCGGAGGCAGACAGGGAGCGGCUCAAGCUAGAGGUGGAAGCUAACGAGUCGGCGGUCGAGGGACUGCGGGGCGAGAUCGACGAGUCCCGCCUGGAGUGCGAGGCUCUGCAGAAGGCGAAGUGCGCGAUGUCCAAGCUCGAGGAAGCCUCGGCGGAGAUGACGGAGCUAAAAGCGAGUUGUGAGGGAAUGUACCGGGCGCAGACGGAGGGUAGCAACGCUCUCCGUGAGGCGGGCCUCGCCAACAGGAACGUGCAGCGGCUGGCCAGCGAGAACGCUGCCCUGGUGGGGCACAACAACAACAAACAGAAGAUCAAGCACCUCCAGAACCUCAAGAAGGAGAGUAUCCGUCUUCAGAACGAGAAGGCGAGGCAGGCUAGCGACCUCGCCCUCGCGAUAGCCGUGCUGGAGGCGGUGGGGGUCCUUCCGAAGGAGGCCGGGACGACCUCCACGGCGGUGGUUGCCAAGAGGAGGGGCAGGGGUCUCCACUCGCGCAGGUCUUCGGGCGCUAACUCUCUGAGCCCCGCGAGGUUCAAAAGGCUUGAGGCUCACGGUGGACUUGGAGGGGACGGAGGCGAGGGGGGUACGCAGAGGGGAAGGAGUAGGGUGGCCACCACCACCGCUGCUACUACUCACGGAAGGAAGGCUACCGUCGGGUAA